CCAAUGCUCUUUGCACGUUAUUUCGUGCGAUCUCCUAUCAUCGCCCACAUGUUCGAUGCCUAGGCUAAGCUUUCGUUCCUGUAAGAGAAAACUGGGGGUCUUGGAGGUGACUUCCCUUGCGAGCCUAGAACCUCGAGGCUUCUCAGGCAUGGAGUGUUAGAUGCACACGGGAUGUGCCCAAACGAGGAUCUGGUUGCUUGUCUUGGCCGAACAUGACAUCGGUUUGCUUCUAAAUAUGCACACCAGGUCAAAGCGGCUCGAGGGUAUAUAUCUCAUAGCCAACCAUCCCACUAACAAAUCCUCACUCCAACUUCACGCCCAGUCCAGUCCUUCAGUUCUUCCGUGCAGGGCACUUUUCAUUACAUUCCUUUCUUCGAGAGCUGAGCUCACCAUUCAUUUUCAUUAACUUCCAGUUGCUUGCUUUAUCAACCCUCUUUGAAUUACUUUCUUCAUCAUGAAGACCUCAAUCCCUCUCCUAACUCUCCUUUCCGCGGCUCUCGUUACCGCAGCUCCGGCUCCCUUUGUGAAGCCUGGGCCUGUUGUCACAACCGGUACCGAGGAUCUCGCUAUCUCACAGCCCAACAUUGGUCGCCGCGAGGUCGUUGCGGACUUCGAAAAGCGAACACUCCAGCUUCGAGAUGCUCUCAUGAUGGCACGUAACAAGGCCGACAACGCCGACGCCCAAGUUGCUGGCCAGGACAACCAAGCUGCAGCAGAUGCCGCCAAUCAGGGCGCCGCAGAUGGACAAGCUCAGGCCGGUCAAGGCAACGGAAAGAAGAACAAGCAAAACCAGCAAGCUCAGCAGGCCGCUGCAGGCCAACAAGCUGCUGCAGGCCAACAAGCUGCUGCAGGCCAACAAGCUGCUACAGGCGCCGCAGGAAAUGCCACCGACAUCGCUGGAAACGCUGGCAACGGCAAGAAGAACAACAAGGGAAAGAAGAACAAGAAUAACAACAACGCUGCAGCAGCAAACCAGGCUGCCGCCGGGCAAGCUGCUGCGGGAGCUGCUGCGGGAACCGCGGGAAACGCAACUGCUGUUGCUGGAAAUGGCAAAGCCAACGGAAAGAAGGGUAACAAGAACAAGGGCAACGCAGCUGCGGGUCAAGCUGCCGCAGGCCAAGCUGCUGCCGGAGCUGCUGCUGGAGCCGCGGGAAACGCAACUGCUGUUGCUGGAAAUGGCAAAGCCAACGGAAAGAAGGGUAACAAGAACAAGGGCAACGCAGCUGCGGGCCAAGCUGCCGCAGAUCAAGCUGCUGCCGGAGCUGCUGCUGGAGCUGCUGCUGGAGCCGCAGGAAACGCAACUGCUGUUGCUGGAAACGGCAAAGCCAAUGGAAAGAAGGGCAAGAAGGGCAAGAACAACGGUAACGCCGCCAAUGCUGCUGCUGGAAACGCCACUGCCAUCGCUGGAGGUGCCACUCUCGCCAACGGCACCGCAGCAGCCGGCAACGGAACUGCAAACAACGGCAACGGCAAGAAGAACAACGGCAAAGGCAAGAAGGGCAAGAACAACGGUAACGGCGCGAACGCGCAGGCCAACGCUGGAGGCGCGACUGCUCUCGAGGAGGCGCUCGCCGCUCUCCAGGGCGCUGGUGGUGCUGGCGGUGCCGGUGGUGCCAACGACAUCAUCUCUCAGCUCACCAGCGCUCUCUCUGGCAUCCUUGGAGGCGGUGCCGCGGGUGCUGGGGCCGGAGCCGGAGCUGGUGCUGCAGCGAGCCAGAAAGGCGGCCAGUCUGCUGCCGGCGCUCAGGGUGCUGGUGGUCUUCUCCAGCUUGCCGGCCUGAACGUCGCUGGUGUGGGCAAGGCCAGGAACUAA